GCUGGCGGCGCGCCCGGGCGGGCAGCGGGCUUUCGUUUUUUGGGGAGGCAGAGGAUGCCGAGGAAACGAAAGGGAACGGCGGCUGGCGCGAGGGGGGCGAGGGGGAGGCGCUCCUUGCAGCCACCCCGAUUCGAGGAGAGCAGCACGUGGGCCGCCCCACCCAGCCCCUCCGAGCAGCCCCAGCAGCAGCAGCAGCAGCACAGGAGGGGAGCAGGAGCCGCCGCCGCCGCCGCCCGUCUAGUCGCCCUGCCUGCGCUCCAGUGUCGUUCCGCGCGCCAGCCAGCAUGAAGGCAUCCCUGGCGGUCCUUUUGGCAGCCCUGCUGGGCGUACAGAGAGUUUCUUCGCUGGUGUGCUGGUAUUGUGAUGGAGCAGAGUCUAACUGGGGCUGCUGGAGGUGGCAGACGUGUUCAAGCUUGGAAACUUCCUGCGCUACAAUAUAUAUGGGUGCAGGGAUUGGUGGAGCUUCGGUGCAGUCGAUCUCCAAGGGCUGUGUUCCGAUUUGCCCAUCUAUGAAGGUGGACUACCUCAUUGCGGCUGCCUCUGUGAAAUGCUGCUCGUCUUUCUUGUGCAACAUCAGCGGAGCCGGCAGCGUCCAGACCAACCACCUGGUCUUGGCCCUCGGGAUCCUGGCCAGCUUCUUCUGCCUCUUUGGAGCCCGUAUGUGAAAAGAGACCUUCGUACUCCAAGGCAUCUGCUCGGCCUUCUCUAGAGAGGAGCCAGAAAUGUUGCAAGAUCUUUUCUAUAAAUGACAUUAACUGUGAUGUUUUUGACACUGCAUGAUACUUUAUCACCAGCUUCUGCCUUUUGUAUAGCACUAAUGUUUCCCCACCUUGAAGUAAUUUGCUGGACAACACUGCCCUCUUGCGGCUGCAGAGAUCUAAACUCUGAUGAUUGUUUUUUUAAAACACAUUUUAAAAUAAAUUAAAAAUAAUUUUAAAAAAAACAAAACAAAAAAACAACAACACCUCAUGUUGUACCAGAUUCUCAGAACAAAACAUUCCUGAUCUCUUGAAAGGGCUUUAAAUCAUUCCAGGGGCAUGAUUGCAAAAUCAAAAUAUUUUGCUUACAUGGUCCCCAAGAGGUAAAAUCUUGGCAAGGGGUGGGGGGUGGGGUGGGGUAGGUUUCUGUUUGCAAACCAUGGAGUUGAAUGUGUUUUUUGCCUUUUACUGUUUCACCUAGUAAGGUUUUUGGGGGUGGGAUGAAAAGGGAGCAAUGCUGUCAAGCAUGUUUUACUCUGCUGUCUGUACCUGAAUAAACAUGCUUCCGUUCUUA